UGGAGUCCACGCAUUAAUAAAAAGAAAAGAAAAGAAAAACCCACAUCAAGAAAAACUCCCAAAGCGUGGAGGCAAACCCCGUCCCUAAGUUCCCCGUCCUCACAUCUCCUCCAUCUUCUCCGUCUCCCACACAAUCCACAGAGCCAUUACAAAGAAAAUCCUUGAAACUGAUUAAACUUCUCUCUAAAAAUAAAAUAGAAUUAUUAUUGAUUUUGGUGAUUGAGGAUGAAUAUCUUCAGAUUCCUGGGUGACAUGACGCACUUGAUUAGCAUUCUAAUUCUCCUCCUCAAAAUCUACGCUACCAAAUCUUGCUCUGGGAUUUCGCUUAAGACGCAGGAGCUGUACGCGCUGGUGUUUUUGACGCGCUAUCUGGAUCUCUUCACCGACUUCAUUUCAGUCUACAAUACUGUUAUGAAACUGGUGUUUAUUGCCAGCUCCCUCGCUAUCGUCUGGUGCAUGAGGAACCACCCUCUUGUCAGGCGUUCUUACGAUAAACAACUUGAUACCUUUCGCCAUUAUUUCCUCCUCCUUGCAAGCUUUCUUUUGGCUCUUCUCCUCCACGAGAAGUUCGCAUUCCAAGAGGUCUUGUGGGCGUUUUCAAUGUACUUGGAGGCAGUAGCAAUUCUUCCCCAGUUAGUAUUGCUUCAAAGAAGUGGGAAUGUAGAUAACUUGACAGGGCAAUAUGUUUUCUUUCUUGGGACUUAUCGUGCUUUCUACAUCUUCAACUGGAUUUACCGCUAUUUCACAGACCCACAUUUUACUCGAUGGAUUGCUUGCGUUUCUGGUCUUGUCCAGACAGCCCUCUAUGCAGAUUUCUUCUACUACUACUUCAUCAGCUGGAAAAACAAUGCAAAGCUUCAGCUGCCAGCGUGACAACCAAUGGAGUUGAACUAGCGGCAGUUACUAUCAAAAGGUUUCAUGAUGGUGGUUGGUAUCCCACUUGCUGGUUGACGUUACAUGGGACCAAGAGGGUGUAUAUGUUUUCUAAUUUUGUGUUGGGAUGAAUCCUUUUUUGUAUCAAAUGGUGAUUAGUGAUAUGGUCAGUGGGUAGGGUGGUGGUCAUCUCAGGUAUGCUCCUUUUGAUUUAGGUAAAACACCAAUGUUGUUGUGAGGUCCUAUUUUUGAAGUGCCGGCAGCCGUCCCCUCACUUUUAAUUUGUAAAGAUGUUACUGGGAGGGAAAGAUGCAGAUUUGGCUAACAUUGUAGUUGGACAAGAGUCAAGAGUUAACCAAGUGAUGACUUGCGGAGCA